ACAAGUAGGGAAAUGUGGCGGGCGUAAAGAACACAACAGCUUGCAAUAGAUAUCCAUUUCAGUGUCGAUUGAAAGACUUGGGUUACGAAGCUCAAAUUCCUUUCUCUUGCUUUGAGCAAUGUAGGCUGAUGAAACGAACAGACGGCAAAAACGUUGUAUAACUACACAUUAUUCUACAUGGACAAAGACAAGUUCGCUGUGAGCCAUGACCCAUGCUCCUGGUUGGAGAUGCACCAGUUCAUUGGAGACCUGAUGGUGUCUGGGGGGGCUCUGGGGCUAAAAGACUCCCCACCAGCAGGCCCAGGCUCAGCCCCAGGCUCAGCCCAGCCCAGACAGGUCCAGGCCCAGGUAGAGAGCAUUAGAGAGGCCAGAGACAUCAGUGGACAAGCUCAGCACCAUACCUGCACUUGCCCUGGCUGCCCAUACUCUUCCUCAUUUUCCACCUUCCAGACCAUAAAGCCCAGAGGCACUGUGUCCUCACAGCCCGAGCCCAGCAGCACCUACAGCCCAGAACUCAGUCAGCCCCAGAGUCAGGACAAGGAGACCAGCACCCAUAGCCCCAGCCCAGCCUCUACCACUUCCACCAACCAGGGUACUUCUUCACCAAGCCCCCUGCCUCAAAUUCCAACCUUCCCUUGUUUCUGCUGCCGCCGGGGCUUCCAGACCUGCACCCAGCUACUGCACCACCAACAGGGGGCAGCAGACUUUCCCUUCUCCCAGACGCACACCCACUACCACCACCACUCCCCACUUACCACCUGCCUGCCCCACCACCACUCCCACCAUGGCCUGUCCCCUGGCACCUUCUCCUGCCUGUCCUGCCAGCAUUCCUUCCCCUCCUGCUCCCAGCUCCUCCGCCACCAGCAGGGCCACAACCCCCCCCAGAACCAUGUUGGAGGGGUGACCACAGUGUCCCCCACCCUACACCCAUGCAUGCACUGUCCAGCCUCCUUCCCCCGACCUUCUCAGCUGCUACAACACCAGCGCACCCAGCACGCUCACAAGGCUGGCGGCUUCCUGUGCACUGAGUGCGGGCGCGCCUUCAACUCCCACUCCAACCUCCGGAUCCACCUCAACGUGCACACCGGCGCCCGGCCCUACUCAUGCCCUGACUGCGGCAAGGGUUUCAGCCAGUCGGGAGCGUUGAAGAUCCACCGUCGCAUCCACACUGGGGAGAGACCCUAUACCUGCACCUACUGUGGGAGGGGCUUCCCCCACCUGGCCGGGGUCCGGGCCCACCAAAGGACCCACACAGGUGAGAAGCCCUACCGCUGCACCCAGUGUGGGAAGUGCUUCACCCAGUCGGGGGCACUGAAGAUCCACACAAGGAUCCACACGGGGGAACGACCGUUUGUGUGCAGCCUCUGUGGGAAGGGCUUCUCCAACCGCUCCGGCAUCCGCUUCCACCAGCGCACUGUCCAUGGGAUGGUGUCGGAUAUGGGAGGGGGUGGAGGGGCCGGUGGGUCCCAUAGGGGGAGACAGAGUCUAGGCAGCUCAGCUGCUGUGGGACGCCCCAGUGCCAAUCCAAACAGGAUACGCAACAGCCCCCAUACUGACGUGUGCUCUAGCAUUACUCCUGCCCCGACCAAAAUCCUUUCCCCUGGGUCUCUCCUUGCUCCUCCAGGAUCAGGUCUGACUAUAACCUCAGACAAAGAGGCCCAGUUCCAGUCUAGCGGUGUGAACAUCCCCUCCGGAAGAGCAGAACCAGACAGUAGCAGGGAAGGGAGGGCUCAGCUGUACACCUGUGAGGACUGUGGCCUGCGUUUUGGGGACGCUCCCUCCAGAAACAGACACCAAACUCUGGCGCACUACUCUACAGAAGGGGUAGAGGAGGAUGACCUGGGGGACACUGAGGGGGAGGGGUGAGAGAGAGGGAGGGGUGAGAGGGAGAGAUGGAAGCUUGAUGCAGUAGAUUGUUGGAUCAAAGGCUAAGGGAGAGAUGGGAAAAUUGGAAUGGGAACAUGGAGAGGUGAGAAGAUGCCGAAAGCUUGAGACUCAUCGAGGAGGAAAAUGUGUAAAGGCAUGUUGGUGAAGGGAGGGUGAGAAGACAAAGUGAAACAUGAAGUGUCUAUCAAUGGGAUCUAUGACAUAUUUCAGGUUGAAUUCCACUGUAAAAGAUUCCAGGCCUAAGGAAGUCUUUUGCGAUAGUUUUCACAUUUUGUGAGUCCAACUUUCUCUUUGUCAAAAAGUCAAGUACCGGCCUCCCGGGUGGCGCAGUGGUUAAGGGCGCUGUACUGCAGCGCCAGCUGUGCCACCAGAGACCGCUGGUGGCACAGGUUAGGGGUUAGGGGAGGGUUUGGGCGGGGUUGGCCAUAAAUAAGAAUUUGUUCUUAAUUGACUUGCCUAGUUUACAUAAAGGUUAAAUAAUACAUACAAAGUAAGUGCCGAAGUGAGGAUAUGUUGUAUUUAGUAUCAUUAUGUAAUAUAUAUUUUGUAAUAAUAUAAACUGAUAUUGUAUGUCUAUAGGCCCUUAUAUACUUGUGUAUAUCAGUUUAUCUAUUUGGCUCAUUGUGCCUUGAUCUCAGAUUAGAUCAUUCUAGUACAUAAAAAAUACAUAUAUUUGCAUAAACCACACUGUACUAAACUUCAUGACAACUGAUAUGUUAGUGGUUUAGUGAUUUUAUUGAGGAUCAAUAUCUUCACUGUUGGAAGAUAUUUCUUAUACAAAGUAUAUUUUUUAUCAGGAUCAUUUCUCAGAGACACAUGGUUUGUUGACCUGUUUUCUAUUGCUUCAGAUCUCCACCUAGUGGACAUUUAGAAGCAUAGCAGCAGAAACACAGACACUGAAACUAGUCUUUCUAGGCUACAGGUGUCACUCAUUCCACGGAGGUCCGAGUGUCUUCGGGUUUUAGCUGCUCCCUUGUCCUUGAUUUCUGAAUUGCGGUCACUAAUUAGUAAGGAACUCCCCACACUUGGUUGUCUUGUGCUUAAUUGAAAGGAAAAGACCAAAACCUGUAGACACUAGGCCCUCCAUGGAAUGAGUU